AAGCAAAAUGGCCGUAGCUGUGCGCUUAGUUGAGGUUCUGACCUUAAUUACACUGCUAGGAAUGCUGACGGGAAUAUCAAUUGUGAUCGUGAUUCUGCAACGCGUAAUCGUGAUUACUUUAUAUUUGCUCGGUCCCAUAACAGCAACAGUGGGCGGUAUACUAUAUGCUUCAGAAAAAAUACUUGUCGGAGCAUUAAUGAGUAUAUUGAAUUUAACUACAGCACUUAGUACCUCAACUUGAACCUACAACGUAUUUAAAAUUCUUGGUUGUUCAAAAGGGGACUUUAAUCAUGUACUUUGAAGAUAAAAAAAAUUGUAAAAUUUAUGUAAUGUCACGAAUAACUAUGUUUACUUUAUUUAUUUUUGCGUACUUUUAUUAGUGUUAAAAUUUUUUAGUUCUCAAAUACACAGUAGUAAAACCUAUUGAUA